CGCCCUCCCCCGGGUUCUCUCUGGGGAAAGGCAAUUGGACGCGAUGAUUCACCUUCAGCAAGAGCAGCCUCCGCGGUGCAAAACUCCUCGAGUGGCCCGGCUCUCCCUGGAUCGCUCAGGCUCCGGUGUGGACCCGGUUCUGAGCAGGCUCGCCGGCUCGGCUCAGCUCUGCUCUGCUCUGCUCUGCGCUCAGCCGCCGCCGCCGCCGCCGCCGUCCCCUCCGGCGAGGCGUCCGCGUUCCCGCAGCUCGCACCCAGGUCCCCGCCGGUGCCCCUCUCCUCCGACACCUGGGCGCCGCCGCCCGUCGACUCCCAGUCCACUUAGCAGCAACUCCUGGCCAGCGGCAGCCCCGCGCCCCCGCCUCCCAGCGCAGGCGGCCGGAGCUCCUCGCGGUCCACCCGCGGCCGCGCUAAGGCAUCGUGGGCUCCCGGGAAGGGAACCCUCUGCUGCACCCCCCUCCCCGCGCCCCCCAGCAGGCACGAGUGCGCGGAGUGGCUGCAGCUGUGGAGGGCAAACUACCUUCCUGCAGAAAAACACAGUGAAAAGACGAGGCGAACGCUACAAAUGCUGGACUAUGUCUCCCUCUAGCGGGAAAACUGAAUUAGAACGCUUGGCUGGUUAGCCCUGGGACUCCCUCUAUAUAUUUUUUUUUUCCUACAAAUAAAAAAGAAAAUCCUAUCCGAUUCCAGAGAAUUUGGCAUUUCUACAACUUCCAAACUCGGGUGGAUUUAAAGCAGUCAUAGGUUCUGAGCAAGAAUGACAUGGAAACUCUGGACUCUGCACUAGUAUUAAAACCAUCUCAACAUCUUCAGAAUAUCGGCCUUCCCCCACGAGGAGUAAAAGGCAUGAUUUAUCAUCUUUCUAGUUUCUAGUUCACAGGGCCUUUGUGAUUUCAUGAAAACCUGUAAUUUUUAUCAUGUUUACUUCUGUUGUUAAAACAUGGGAUGUUUGAUUGUACUUUUUCCAACUUAGCCCACUGUGUUUUUA